AUGGCUCCCGCUAUCGUCUCAGACAUUGAGCUCCCGGCCAAUGUGCCCGAGUCGCAAGAAACACCCGCCUCAAAAGCGUCAACCUACAAGCUCUUCUCACUUGAGAACAAGACCGUCGCCAUCACAGGUGGAGCUCGUGGUUUAGGUAUCACUCUGGCCAUCGCUGUGGUUGAAGCCGGUGGCAGCGUAGCCUGUUUAGACAUUCUCGAAGAGCCAUCGCAAGCAGAGUGGGCACAGCUCAACAAACUCGCCACAGCCAACAAAGUUUCCGUGUCGUACCGGAAAUGUGAUGUUACAGACGAGCAGUCUGUCGAGACAGCGAUGAAGGAGAUCGCAGCCGAAGCUGACAGGUUUGGAGCACCGUUCUGGGGGACCAUUGCCUGUGCUGGCAUCCAGCAGCAAAUUGCAGCUCUUGACUAUCCUGCUGCAGACUUUGACCGAAUUCUGCGAGUUAAUGUGACUGGUGUCUUCAACACUUGCAAAUAUGCUGCAAGAGUACUACGAGAAAAGAACAGUCCUGGAAGCAUUGGUCUUUCUUGCACAGCAUACAACUCUAGCAAAGCCGCAGUCCAGCAAAUGUGUCGAUCGGUCGCUCAGGAAUGGGGUCAAUACGGAAUUCGAGUCAACACGUUGUCUCCCGGCUACAUUCGAACUGCCAUGACGGAUCAGCUGCUACAAGAGAACCCCGAGGUCGAGAAGACAUGGAUGGCUGGUGCUCUUCUGGGACGUCUGGGUGCCCCCGAGGACUUCAAGGCGCCGGCGGUGUUUUUGCUGUCUGAGGGUGCCUCUUUCGUGACAGGGACGGACUUGCGCGUGGAUGGAGGCCACUGCGCAUCUGCAUAG